CAACACAUCGCCCCAAUGCCAUGUGGCGCCUGGUCUUGGUGUCCCUUCUGCGGAGCUCCAGCUGCGCCUUCCUGGGCCAAAGUGCCCGAAGCUAUGUGGAUGCACUGUUUUAUAGUUCUCCCGCAGACCUCCUGCUCGACGACGAGGCUGCCAUGCCUCCACAGAUUGACCUGAACGACUCUGAAGGCUCUGAAUCGAUCACAGGACAAGAGUGCUACCAUGACAGCCACUGUCCUUUGAAGCGCCCGCUGUGCGACAGAGGCCGAUACAAAUGCAAGGACAUUUGGAACUUCAAUGCUUCGAAGGGAAACUGCAGAUGCGACGGCUGCAACAAGGAGGAGCUGCAGGUGAUUGAGAUAGACUUGGAUGAACGGAACAAUGCUUCUGAAUGCACCUAUCAGUGCAAGCAUCGGCCUGAAUGCAAAGGUUUUGAAGGGUACUACGAACAUGAUAAUUUCAGGUGCCAACUCUUCAGGAUCGUUCGUGAUGAAGAUUUUCCAGAGCUGUUCUUGACUGGCGAUGGCCAAGGUGAUGGCUACUGUUUUCACAGAGUGGAAGCUCUCUUCAAAUGUAAGAACCACCUUGCAUGCCGUGCGAUGGAAGGAGGAAAAGAUUUGUGCUGUCCGAACCGCGAUGGAGCUAGUCUGCAUUGCUGCUCCUACAAGCAAAAGAUUCAGGUGGGCGGCUAUGCCAUAGUGGGUUUGGUACUGUUGCUUGCAAUCUCCAUGUUCUGUAAUUGCAGAACUUGCGGCAAAUCGGACCUCGCAACCUCUGCCAGCGAUAUGCCCGGCUCGCAAGAUGUGCGUUUUCCCAGUGUUGGAGGAGCUUCGGUCACAUUUGGUACGAUCGGCCCCUCCAAUCGCUACAUCAUCGCUUUUGUCAACUCAGGCUCUGGGGACCAGAGCGGAGAAAGCUUUCAGGAGAUCUUCAGAAGUCAUUUGGGCAAUGAUGGCUUUGUUUGUAAAUUGCCUUCGCAACUGGAUGAGGGAUUUGAGAAGGCAGCUGCGAUGAUGAAGAGCCAGGAAGUGGCCAUUUUGGCGUGUGGCGGUGACGGCACGGUCACGUGGAUCCUUUCUGAAUUGAAUGGCCGGAAAGAGAUGUUCGAAGGCAGUCCUUUGCCAUCGGUUGGAAUUAUACCACUUGGCACUGGAAAUGACUUGGCCAGAUCUCUGGGUUGGGGUCCAGCCCUGACCGAUACUGAUCAGCUGAAGGAUUACAUUCAACGUGCUCGUUAUGCUGGAAAAGUUGACUUGGACCAAUGGAAACUGAUCUUGAGACCAACGCAUCUGCUUCCUUCAUCUUUGCAGCAAGUGGGCCAGGUCGAAUUUACAGGCUACUUCACGAACUACUUCUCCGUAGGGAUGGAUGCCGCGACGGCCUUUGAGGUGGCAAAGGUGAGAUCCUCGCGCUUCGGCCGCUGUUGCUUUCGUUUGCGAUGUUACCCGCCCUGCAGCUUUAUCCAUGGUGGUCUCCUGUGUUAUGGCCUGAAUGGGCCAAAUUGUUUGCGCUGCCUCUGCUGCCGCACGCGACCCUUGAACUCUGGGGAUGACCUCACAGUAAAGCUGGAUGGUCAAGACCACAGCUUCAGCGGUCAAAUCCGGCAGUUUACUUUGACAAACCUGAAUUCAUAUGGUGCUGGCAUGCUUUUAUAUGGUGCUGAAGACAAGGUGCGCCCCAACGAUGGGAAACUGGAAGUCUUCACGCGGGAAGGACCCUUUGGAGUGGUUACUAUGACUCUGAACAAGAAGCUGCUGCAGACGAGUUGGAGCUGUGGAGACAUCCCAAUCCUAUGCCAACCAAAGAAGGUCGAGAUGCAGCUGAAACGAGGACAAUAUUUUCAGAUGGAUGGAGAGCCCUGGGUCCUGAAUGCUCCCUGCACCGCGACCAUUGAAAAGCAUACGAAGGUCAGGAUGCUUUGCCCUUUGACAGAUGGUGAAGGUGCAGGAGAAUGGUCUGGAAGACAAAAGCGAUCCUUCUGGGAAAAGCGUUCAGAAGGAUCCCAUGGAGAACAAGAAAUGUCUGGUCCUCCACAUGCAGCAGGACACUGCUUGGGAAUUUCUACUGCAGCCAUCUGUACCUCUGGUGUCAACCUCUCUACUCGAAGCUUAGGGCGCUGAGGCUUUGUUUUCGAGAUUAGCCAUCCUUUCUUUUGCAUGUUUCGGAUGGCUUUCGUCCUCCACGGCUGACGCGGCCUAUCCUUUUUUGAUGGGGGGCAUGGAUUCGUCGGCAUGAGUCCGUCCUCCCUUGUUUUGGCGCAGGUUUUUUUCCCUUCCAAGAAGGGUUUUCCCUGUGACGGCUUUGUUGGCUAUUCCUAUUUUCCGUUGGUGCAGCGCGCAAAGGUCCUGUAUCCGAUUAUUCUAAGUAGGACCUGGCCAUACGUGCCAAGGCCAACCACUGGAUUGUGUACGUCCC